GGGAUCUGUUGCAGGCAGGGGAAGGCGUGACCUGAAUGGAGAAUGCCAGCCAAUUCUAGAGACACACGGGGACCUCAGAACAAAGAUAAGGCAUCGCUGACACCACUCCGGGGACAAACUCACAGACACGUCAGGCCCAGGGGGACCAAGGUCUGGCAGCUGGAGCAUUGGAGACAGGAAAAUGAGGUGGUUCCUUCUCUGUCAUGCUCUGUGUUUCUUGGUAAAAGCUUUGGCCCACACUGUGGAGCUAAACAAUAUGUUCGGCCAGAUCCAGUCCCCUGGCUACCCAGAUUCCUAUCCUAGUGACUCUGAGGUAACUUGGAAUAUCACUGUUCCAGAGGGAUUUCGAAUCAAGCUAUACUUCAUGCACUUCAACUUGGAAUCCUCCUACCUUUGUGAAUAUGACUACGUGAAGGUAGAAACUGAAGACCAGGUGCUCGCCACCUUCUGUGGCAGGGAGACCACAGACACAGAGCAGUCCCCUGGCCAGGAGGUGGUCCUCUCCCCAGGCUCCUUCAUGUCUGUCACUUUUCGGUCCGAUUUCUCCAAUGAGGAACGAUUCACCGGCUUUGAUGCCCAUUACAUGGCUGUGGAUGUGGACGAGUGCACAGAACAGGAAGAUGAGGAGCUGUCCUGUGACCACUACUGCCACAACUACAUCGGCGGCUACUACUGCUCGUGCCGCUUUGGCUACAUCCUCCACACAGACAACAGGACCUGCAGAGUGGAGUGCAGUGACAACCUCUUUACCCAGAGGACCGGUGUGAUCACCAGCCCAGACUUCCCUAAUCCUUACCCCAAGAGCUCUGAAUGUUUCUACACAAUCGAGCUGGAGGAAGGUUUUAUGAUCAGCCUACAGUUUGAGGACAUUUUUGACAUUGAGGACCAUCCUGAAGUGCCCUGCCCCUAUGACUACAUCAAGAUUAAGGCCGGUUCAAAUGUUUUUGGACCCUUCUGUGGAGAGAAAGCCCCCGAACCAAUCAAUACUCAGAGCCACAGCAUCCAGAUCAUGUUCCGCAGUGACAACUCUGGCGAGAACCGGGGCUGGAGGCUGGCCUACACAGCAGCAGGAAAUGAGUGCCCAGAGCUACAACCUCCUCUCCAUGGGAAAAUCGAGCCCUUGCAGACCAACUAUUCUUUCAAGGACCAGGUGCUCAUCAGCUGUGACACUGGCUACAAAGUGCUAAAGGAUGGUGUGGAGAUGGACACAUUCCAGAUUGAGUGUCUAAAGGAUGGGACAUGGAGCAACAAGAUCCCCAUCUGUAAAAUGGCAGAUUGUGGAAUCCCAGCAGAACUGGAACAUGGGUUGUUCAUCUUCUCCUCCAGGAAAAACCUUACCACAUACAAAUCUGAAAUCAGAUAUUCUUGCCAGCAACCCUACUACAAAAUGCUCCAAAAUAUUACAGGUAUAUAUACAUGUUCUGCCCAAGGAGUCUGGGUGAAUGAAGUACUGGGGAGAAGCCUGCCCACCUGCCUGCCAGUGUGCGGGCUCCCCAAGAUCUCACGGAAGAUGAUGGCCAGAAUCUUCAAUGGACGCCCAGUUCAAAAGGGGACCAUGCCCUGGAUUGCCAUGCUGGCCCACCAGAAUGGGCAGCCUUUCUGUGGUGGCUCCCUUGUAGGCUCCAGGUGGAUUGUGACGGCAGCCCACUGCCUGCACCAGUCACUUGAUCCAGAGGAAACAAUCCUGCACGAUUCAUACUUGCUCAGACCUUCUGACUUCAAAAUCAUCUUGGGAAAGCACUGGAGGAUCCGGUCAGAUGAAAAUGAGCAGCAUCUCAAGGUCAAACACAUCUUCCUCCAUCCCCUCUAUGACCCCAAGACGUUUGAGAAUGAUGUGGCUCUUGUGGAACUGUUGGACCGUCCAAGGCUGAACAAUUUUGUGAUGCCCAUCUGUCUUCCUGAGGGGCCCACAGAGGAAGGGACCAUGGUCAUUGUCAGUGGCUGGGGAAAACAGUUCUUGCAAAGGUUCCCAGAGACCCUAAUGGAGAUUGAAAUCCCAAUCGUUGGCCAUCACAUCUGCCAGGAGUCCUAUGCCCCACUGAUGAAGAAAGUGACCUGGGACAUGAUCUGUGCUGGGGAGAAAGAAGGAGGCAAAGACGCGUGUUCAGGUGACUCGGGGGGCCCUAUGGUAACCCUGAAUAGAGAGACGGGCCAGUGGUAUCUAGUGGGCACGGUAUCCUGGGGCGUGGACUGUGCAAAGAAGGACCGCUAUGGAGUGUAUUCCAACAUCUAUUACAACAAGGACUGGAUACAGAGAGUCACCAACAUGAGCAACUGAACUGUUCCUCAUCCACCAAACUGCUGGUCAGGGGCAGUCAGUAGCAGAGCAUAAUUAUCUGAUAAAAGAUGCCCCUUCAACGUCCCAACCUCCUCAUUCAUCUCAUCCUUCUCUAGUCAACAAGAGUGGUCUAGUGGGUGGUAGCCUAGCGCCCUACACCUAUUUUAUGAGCACACCAGGCGAAACCCAGGCACUGUCACUUUCUUUGCAACACUGGCAGAUAAUUAGCCUCUUUGGACCUAGUCUGUGUUAUGGAAGCUGCAUAUCUGACCUACCUCAUAGAUGUAUGAUGAGAAUCGAACUGAUUAAUAUGCCAUUAACAUUUAGCACCAUACAGGCACAAACUACGGGCUCAAAAUAUGGUUGAACACAAGAGCAUGUGGCUAGUGGGAAGGUGAGGUUUUCUUACAAAUCCUGGCUGUGCCCUAGAGCAUCAGAGAUGUACCCUUUUUCUCAGUCUUAAGAAUCUCUUUUGUCUGAGCACUAGGGCCCUGGGACUUAUUACUACCAUGCACCUUUCCAAUCUCCAGUAAGAAAAAAAAAGCAAAAGAUACUAAAGUUCUUGGUUUGUGGAAUGUUCCAUUUCGAUUCAUUUAUGAACAUGAGCUUGAUACCAAAUUGACAGAGUGCUCACAGAAGCAGGGAAGGGGAUUAGGAAUGGGUGGUAGGAAAUCAGACACCAGGAUCUUGAACUAGCUCUACCCUCCACACUCUGUGUGACUCUGUUCAUGUCCUUUACCUCAUCUAAAAGGAUCCUACAAGCUGUGGCAACCUAGGGUCCAAUGAAGCCAUUUUUUCCCUGAUAAAUUUAAGCCAAAGAAACCAAAAGAUAAAAUUUACCUCAGACUCAGUAGUGCUUUGAUGCAGAUAAAAUGCUGCUACUGCAGCUGCACCCCAAACCUGCCUCACCUGAUUUCCCAAGAGUAUGGUCCAUGCCAAAUACCAGCAAAGUUAUUUAAGUGUUUAUUACAGAGAAUCAUUCCAUCUCCAAGAGCCUCCUCCUCUUUCAAGGAGCUUCCAGAGACUUCAUCCCCUGCAGAUAUCUAAAACACAUGCCCUCUGCAGAAUGUACAAUUCUUUGUUUCCCAUUGUAUCAAAAGUUGUCUUCAUGAGAACUUGUGGUUCUCAGUCUGCAUAGCAGUUGCUAGAAUCUUGUAAUGAAGUCCCUUGUUGAAAGAUGCUGAGGAGAGAGAUAUUAUAGUUGCAAAGCCCGAUGAAUGUCCAGGGAGAGCAAUGCAGAGCCCACUUAUGGUUCUAUGAACAAAUUUUUGUACCUCACUGUGUCCUCCUGCUCAGUCUGUAAUAGGAAGAUGGAAGUGGUCUGUCUAUGCUAGCAAACAUUUUCCAAGCAAAGCUUUUGGUUCUCUUUCCAAACCAGAGGGGAGAAUUUCAACCCGAAGUCUUAGAACGAAGUCCUCCCAAAACACUUUCCCAUUUCUUGACAUUGCCUGAGCACUUCCGUAUGCCAGGCUGUGCUCACCACUACUGGAAACUACUGAAAUGAGGAAAAUAUGAUUCAUAACUUCCAAGAGAUCCUAGAGGAAGAAAUGACACAUUCACAAGAAACUACCAUGUACCAAAAUGAAUGCUGCCAAAUGCUGUAUUUUGAUGCAGGCAUGCACACACCAACAAGCCCUCUGCCUUCCCAGAAAAGGCCGUUCUGAUAGGAGGAAUGGAGGAAACCGAGGAAGCCUCCCAGGAAGAUGGUGUUGGGUCUGAGCCUUUAAAAAGAAUGGCAUUUCCGUAGAUAAAACAGAGGGAGGGCCUUCUACAAGGAAGGAGAAACAAGAAUAAAUGUUCUCUUAGGCUUUCUUUCCAUUGCACUGGAUUCUCUCACAAAACAACAUGUCCUAUAAACCACUCUUCUGAUUCUGGGAUCAAAACCAACAUCUAAGAGAGCUUUUUUUUCCUGAAGCUAAACAUUUACAGGACUUGAAACAGCCUUAGGGUGUAUGUACAAAUAAUGAUUUCUUGGUGCACUUAGUUAAUCCUGUUUACUCUUUGAAUUGCAGCUUCACCUUUAUUCUGGGAAACUAUUAGAUGAUCUUAGAGUUUCCAUUUCUCUUGAUCUACCAGCAAUUACUAGGUAGACCUGUGCUGCUGCUAUGGUCCAAAAAACCUAAGUCUCUCAGAGAGACAGAGAAGUGGAGGGCUGUAACUUUAUGACCUGAUUCUAUGACCACCAUUUUUAGAGAUGGGAAACUCACUACCUCCAAAUGUAAUUCAUGUUAAGUUUAAAAUGUAUCACCUCUGAAAAAGGUUUUUCUUGAAUAUAACCAAGCUCUACCACCCUACUUAUCGAAAAUCUGUGGUUCUGGGCCAGAGCAAUAGUACAAUGGGUAGGGUGCUUGCCUUGAAUACAUUUUGCCCAGGUUGGACCCCCAGCACCACAUCAGGAGUGAUCCCUGAGCGCAGGGUCUAGAGAACCCCUGAACACAACCAGGUGUAUGAACAAAAAAAAAUCUAAAAAUAAAUAAAUAAAAUACAGUACUCAAUACCAAGAAUGUUAUUACUAGCAAUAAUUAUCAUACCCAAUUUCAUUCUCAAUGUAUAUUCUUCUGGGUGACUUUGUUUAAAUAAACAUCUGCAUUGA